CACUUCCACUUUACCUCAAGCGGCAGCAAAAUUUGUGGCUCUGGGGACCGAACAAACAACGUCUCCUCCGCAAUUGAGAAGAUCAUAUCUCUGCCGAGGCUCCAUGCGAAGACUAAAUGUCAAUUGGGGUCUGACGUUCAUCCUUCACGCACAUGUUCGCCAGCCUCCAUUCCAACAUAUCAGGGAUUGAAUCGGAAGUGGAAGCGAACCCGGCCGGAGACUGAUGUUGAGCUCCGUGUGAGAUGCCUGCUGGUCUCCGCAGGCAACGACUUAUCCACAGUCCUCAAACCACUCGAGAAUACCAGUUGACCUACUCAACGCAGUGGGAGACAUCGCUGUAACUGCAAAUUCGAGGAUAGCAUGCCCCCGAAGCAGGGCACGAUGCAGAGACGAGCUGGUCUUGCCAGAGACAACCGCGUUCGGCCUCUACUGUCACAGGUUAAUGGCCAGCGACGGGCACUGGUCACCGACGAUAGACCGGUAGACAGGCCACCUGAUGACUCUGACGAUGAGAUUACCGAUCCAGAACCCAGGUCGAUCUCUUCAAGAGCCGUAUCAAGCUCAAGAGAGGCGUCUCGGGUCUUCUCGAGUACGAAGCCAGUUUCAGAUUCGGACGAUGAUGAAAGCGCGCGAUCAUCUCGCGCUGACAUUCGCCCUUAUUUCGGCUCAUCGAAGAGGGGGAAAGAGCAGAGCAAGACGUGGAGCGCUUCCCAGGAAAGCUCUCAAGGACAAGCCCAAUAUGAAGGGUCUCAGGGCUCUUUCUCCACAACACGUGGCAGUAAGAGAAACUCGCCUGACGGCGGAGCACUCAGUCCGGAAUCACAGAUGAGAAAGGUCCGAAAGAUCGACCUUGAAGACGAGAAAGAGGCCAAAAGGUUACUAGUACGGAAGAAAAGCUAUGGUCGAGGAGACGGCAAUAGGGUGCGUAUCAGACCUCCCGCAAGGUCAAAAUCGAAGUCGUCGCAAGAGAGGCCGAUAUCCAAGCUAGGAAAAGAAGCGUCUGCGCCCAAGAUGAUACAGCCGUCUUUCAAAGCAUAUGACGACGACCCGUUCGAACAGUUCUCGAGCAGAGCACCGCCAAAACGUAUUAUCGAUCCCGUGUCCACGUUUCUGUCCUCUCCCCCUCACGCUUCUGCUCAUCCUGUCAUGAAGCAUGCAUCUCUCAGUCCUCACUCAUCACCAAAGCGAAAAGCAAAGGCCGACUUCAAGCUUCCGUCCGCUUCCCUACCUGAGUCUCUGCAGAGUCCGGCGCAGUCACGCCCACAGCUUCGCAGUAUAGAGUCAAGUCCUGAGCCUGAUUCGAAGAAGACGAGAAAAUUCUCGUUUGAGUCCUCCUCAGACUUGUCGGACUUGGACAGUGGCCUCAAACAGGUUGUGGAUGCACGUUGCCCCAUGUGUAAUGAAAUCGUUGAUGAUACUUUGCUGCACGAUUUCUCCAAAGGAGCCCGUCUGCACAUCCGCAAGCAGAUUCAAUUUUGCCGGCUGCACAAAAAGAAGUCAGCUGAAGAAGCCUGGGGUGCUCGGGGCUACCCAAAAAUCGACUGGGAUGUCCUUGAUACUCGGAUCGCUUCUCAUUACAAUUUUCUUCGAAAGAUUAUCAACGGCGGGUCUUCUCACUUUGGUGAUCUGCUGCUUGACAAGGUCAGAGAGGGCAAGAACCGGACGCUGCUCAAGGCAGAAGACAGUUUGACGCCAGGCUACUACGGCCCGCGUGGCCUCCGAGCAUUUUCAGAGCACAUUAUUGGUCGCUUCUCAUCGGUUCUAAGAGAACGAGCUGUGGACGACCGGCUUAUAUCGUCGCGUGGCUACUCUAGCUAUGUGGAGGCAGUGUUGGUCCCGGAGCUGGCGGUACUAUUGAUAUCUGACGAUAUGGUGGUGGAAGCCGAGGAAGCAAGAAGCAUCCUCGAGGAUAGCAAGUGGAUUGGCGACUUGCUUCACGAAGACACUGGCGAUACAGUUGAUCAGAUGAGCGAUGAUGAGAGAACGGCACAUUGAGAGAGCAUGGCAGUCAGAGGCAGUGCGACAGAGUCGCCAGCAUGUGGCGUUUUCGUGGUAUUUAUAGCAUCAUGAAGUAGAUUACAAUGGCAGGUAUGGAAUGAACGAUUCUUCCA